CUCUCUCCUGGAGCAGAGAUGUUCAGGGUUCGGGCCGCUCUUGCCUGCGCCCUGCUGCUGGUGUCGGCGUGCGCCGUGGAUUUGGGAGGCUCUCCGUCUGGCUUCUACCCGCGCUUCAAUCCCUUCUUCUUCCUGUGCACCCACCACGGUGAGAUGGAGGGCCCCGGGCCCGAGGGAGGAGGAGAGGUGCUGCUCACCUUCCAGAUCCAAGGGAGCCCCGGCACAUACGUCCCGGGACAGGAGUACCAGGUGACGAUCUCCACCAGUACUUACUUCGAUGGGCUGCUGGUCACCGGUCUCUACACCUCCACUUCUGUCCAGUCGUCUCCCAUCCCUGCGUCUCCUGCCUUUGGCUUCGGGGUGAUGUCAGACAGGCAGUUCGGGACUCAGUUUGUGUGCAGUGUGGUGGCGUCUCACGUCAGUCACCUGCCCUCCACCAGCCUCAGCUUCAUCUGGAUCGCUCCUCCACCCGGCACCGGCUGCGUCAACUUCAUGGCCACAGCGACGCACCGAGGACAGAUCAUCUUCAAGGACGCUCUGGCGCAGCAGCUCUGUGAGCAGGGAGCUCCCACUGAAUCUCCUCUUCGGCCCAGUCUAGCUGUGGUUCAUGGUGAUCAUGCUGUUCUCCGGGAUGACUUUGAACACAACACACAAGAAGAGCUUAAUUUCAAUAUAUGGUCAGACUGCAGUAACUGUGAGGUUGGAGAGCAGUGUGGUGCACUGAUGCACGGAAAAGCGGUGACGUUUUGUGAGCCCUUUGGACAGAGAGAACUGACGACAGUGGCUCUGAACACGAGCACCGCAUCAGUCCUGCAGUUUGCCUUUGGAUCUGGAUCUUGUCGGUUCAGUUACUCGGACCCCAGUAUCAUCAUCUCCUGUGGUCUGAACUCCUCUGAUGACUGGAUCACCUUGGAAAAGAUCAGGGCUCCCACUAACAGCAGCACAGUGGUCCAUCUCCUGCCAUUGCCUCCGGGCUGUAAAGGGGAGGCCAUUCAUCUGCGCUGGAUUCAGGAGCCACCCGUGGGGCCCGAUGGUUAUGAGUCCUGCUGGGGCCUCGAUAACAUACUGGUGCUGAACACGGCCAACCGGCCCCCGCUGCUGGAGGACAGCCUGGACCCUCUGGACACGGCCAACUGGCUCUUCUUCCCUGGAGCCACAGUAAAGCAUGCUUGUCAGUCAGAGGGAAACUCCUUGUACUUUCAUGGCGGAGAGGGAUUCGAGCACAGCUUCGCCUCCACACGAGACGUGGACCUGCACCGUGAAGAGGGACGCAGCUACUGGGAGGAAGACUUUGAGAGUCCACUGAGUGGAUGGGAGGUUGAUGGAGUGGUGAAUGGCGUUCAGUGUGGAGAGGUGGAGUCUGAAUCUGCACUCGUCUUUCUCAAAGAUGGACAGAGGAAGGUGUGCACACCGUACAUCAACACCACUGCCUACGGAAACCUGCGCUUCCACUUCACCAUGGGGGGUGGAGACUGUGAUCCUGGAGAAUCCAACAAGAAUAAUGUGGUCCUGUUUGGUCGUUCAGAGGGCAGGAAAGGUCAUGUGCUUCUGGACAUACUUCCGUACUCAGCCUACAGGACUCCUUCAGUUGUCUCGGUUGGUUUGACCACAGAGCUUCAGACUCCAGCCACUCAGUUUUGUCUAGAACAGAAGUUUCAUGGUGGAGCGAACCGUCACGUUUGGGCUGUGGACUUCCUGCAGCUGCUGCCGGUGCUGCCCGGAGCAAACACUCACCUGGUGCAGUUCUCAAUCAACCUUGGGUGUGGAGCCUAUCAGCCGGCCAACAGUGUCAAACUGGAGUUCUCAACCAAUCAUGGUCGCUCCUGGUCUCUCCUGCACACAGAGUGUCUUCCUGAACUGUGUGCCGGAUCACAUCUGCCUCACAGCAGCAUCUACUCCUCAGAGAACUACAGCGGUUGGACGAGGAUCACGAUUCCUCUGCCCAAUGCUGCGCUCACAGAAAGCACUCGCUUCCGCUGGAGUCAGACCGCUGUGGGAAGCAGCAUCAUGUGGGCGAUUGACAACGUGUAUAUCGGGCCGUCCUGUUUGCGUUUCUGCUCCGGUAGAGGACACUGUUCACGCACGGGCUGCAAGUGUGACCAUGGUUUCAGCGGUCCGGCAUGUGAGCUGGCGUCUCAGACCUUCCCUGCGUUUCUGUCCGAGAGUUUCUCCAGCGUGAGGCUGUCGUCCUAUCACAGCUUCUCCUCACUGCGGGGGGCAGAGGUCAGCUUCGCCUGUGGGGUUUUGGCCAGCGGAAAAGCCCUGGUCUUCAACAGGGACAGUAGAAGACACAUUGUUACGACCCCCCUGGACAGUUCACAGGCCAGGUAUCUUCAGUUCACGCUGAGGCUGGGCAGUCGCAGCACGUCGAGCUCCUGUCCCGCUCCAGACCAGCCGGGUGAAGGAGUGCUGCUGCAUUACUCCUCAGAUAACGGCAUCACCUGGACGCUGCUGCAGCAUUACGCUUAUCAGGGCUUCCAUGAGCCCAGGAUCGUUUCUGUGGAGCUUCCUCCUGGGGCCCGUAGGUUUGGGGUCCAGUUCCGGUGGUGGCAGCCGUACCAUUCGGGCCGUGGGCAGGACGUCUGGGCUCUGGAUGAGAUCAGCAUGACCUCCGUCCUCUUCAACAUCAUCAGCCUGGACUUCAGUAACGUGUUAGACGUGACUCAGAGCCUGGGCUUCUAUCUGGGGAACGUGCAGCCGUACUGCCAACACGACUGGACCCUCAGUUUUUCAGGCGAUCAUGGCUCGUCCUCCAGUAUCCGCUAUGUGGAAACACAAUCCAUGCAGAUCGGCGCGUCCUACAUGAUCCAGUUCUCGCUGGUCAUGGGCUGCGGACGCGACCCUUCUCCUCACAUCGACACUCAGGUCCGGCUGGAGUUCUCCACCAAUCACGGCUUGACUUGGCAUCUCGUCAAAGAGGCCUGUCUCCCCGGCAUGCCGAGCUGCUCUGAGUUCACUGCGUCCAGCGUCUACCAUCCGUCUGAGUUCACAGACUGGAGACGCAUCACGCUUCCACUGCCGUACAAAACCUGGUCGAGUGCGACACGCUUCCGAUGGAUCCAGAAUCACUAUCAGGAGCAGGACGAGUGGGCUCUGGAUGACGUUUACAUUGGGCAGCAGUGUCCUCAGAUGUGCCGUGGACACGGAUGGUGCGACCACGGUCACUGCAGGUGUGAUGAAGGCUUCACCGGCUCAGACUGCCAGACGCUCAACACUCUGGCCUCCAGUGUGCUCUCAGACUUCGAGUCGCAGGAGACCCUGGUGUCAGCGUGGCAGGAGGCGACCGGAGGCGAGAUCGUGCUGCCCGACCAGGGCUGUGGGGUGGUUUCCUCCGGGUCCUCUCUGUACUUCAGCAGGGCUGGGCUGCGGCAGCUGGUCAGCUGGGAUCUGGACACGGAGUGGGCGGAGUUUGUGCAGUUCUACCUGCGGAUGGGCGGAGACGGGGCGGAGUGUAACCAGGCCGACAGCAGAGAGGAGGGGCUUCUGCUGCAGUACAGCAAUGAUGGUGGAAUCAGCUGGGGUCUGAUCGCAGAGAUGUACUUCACUGACUUCACCAAACCACGGUUUGUUCAUUAUGAACUUCCUCUGGCCUCUAAAACGCCCUGCACGCGUUUCCGCUGGUGGCAGCCGCUGCACUCGGGCGAGGGCUACGAUCAGUGGGCCAUCGAUGACGUGAUCAUCCUGUCUGAGCGAGAGAAGCACGUCAUCCCCAUGGCCGAUCCUACACUGCCUCAGAACUUCUACGAGAAACCGGCUUUCGAUCAUCCGCUCAACCAGAUGAGCGUGUGGCUGAUGCUGGGAAAUGAAGGAAUGGACAAGGACCGUAACGGGAGUUUCUGCGCUCCCACUCCCUCUGCACUAGUGUUCGGCCGGUCGGACGGGGACCGGAUGGCAGUGACCCGAGACCUGGCUCUCCGUCCCGGAUACACGCUGCAGUUCAAGCUGAACAUCGGCUGUGAGUCGGUCUUCAGUGCGUCUGCACCCGUGCUGCUCCAGUACUCUCAUGACGCGGGCCGCACAUGGGCUCUGAUGCGGGAGGGCUGUUACCCAGCAUCCCCUGGGGCCGCGAGCUGUGAGGGCAGCGGACGUGAACUCAGAGAGCCCACUGUGUACCACACGGGAGACUACGAGCGCUGGACCAGAGUCACCGUCGUAUUGCCACGGAUCGUAGCCGCCAGCAAGACACGCUUCCGCUGGUUCCAGGAGAGCAGUGUCUAUCGGGACGCCCCUGCGUUUGCACUGGAUGGCGUCUACAUCUCUGAGCCCUGUCCCAAUCACUGCGGCGGUCACGGAGACUGCAUCUCAGGCGUCUGCUUCUGCGAUAUGGGAUACACAGUGGAGGUGGACCAGUCCAGCUGUGUCCCGUCUGCUCCGAGUCCCACUGAACUGGUGGAGGAUUUCGAGGGGAAGCUGAGCCCGCUGUGGCAGAGCCUGAGCGGAGGACAGAUCGGUGACGGCUGCGGGAGCAUCAGCGAAGGGAAUGCUCUGUACUUCAGCAGCCUGGGCAGACGAGAGGCUCGCACCACGCCGCUGGACACCACCCACACCCGUUUGGUUCAGUUCUACAUUCGUAUCGGAGGGAAAAACAUGGGCUUCACCUGCACUCGCCCCCGCUCCCGAAACGAAGGUGUGAUUGUCCAGUUUUCCAUAAACAAUGGUGUUCAGUGGCAGCCCCUACGAGAGCUGGACUUUGGCUCGUUCCUGGAGCCUCAGGUGGUGACGAUCGAGCUCCCGCCCGCGGCUAAGACGCCUCACACUGUGUUCCGCUGGUGGCAGCCGCAGCAGGGUAAACACUCGGCCCAGUGGGGUCUGGAUAACGUUCUGAUCGGAAUGAACGACAGCGCUAGGAGUGGGUUCUUCGACACGUUUGAUGGCACGUCUCCAUUUAGACACAACUGGUAUCGAGUCGUAGGUGGAGAGGUGACAGCAGACUGUCUGAGCCCAGACUCAGUGCUGAACUUCAACUCCGAGGUCAUGGACAAGAGGCCGCGUUACGCUGAGAGCUGGGACUUCGAGGUGUCUGGCUCUUCGUUCCUGCAGUUUGAUCUGAGCAUGGGCUGCAGUAAGGCUGCGUCUCCGGCCCACGGCGUCCAUCUGGAGUUCUCCACAGACUGCGGGAGACACUGGACGCUCAUCAUGCCCGAGUGUGUGCCUCCGGCCAUCGGCUGCUCCGGAUACACGCAGCGGUCCGUGUUCAGCGCUCCACAGUUCCUGCAGUGGAGGAGAGUCACCGUCUACCUGCCCAGCGCUGCCAUUUCACCCAGAACACGGUUCCGCUGGAUCCAGCCUCUCUUGGCUCCUGGAGCUGAUGGCUGGGCGCUGGAUAAUGUGCUGCUGACGCCCGGCUGCCCGUGGAUGUGCUCGGGUCAUGGACUGUGUGACAACGGACACUGUGUCUGUGAUAAGGGCUUCGGCGGACCGCACUGUGUGCCUCUAGUUGCUUUGCCGUCCGUUCUGAAGGAAGAUUUCAAUGAGAACCUGAGGGCUGAUGUCUGGCCGGAGGUGUACGGCGCAGAGAGAGGCACGCUGAGCGGAGAGCCUCUGAAAUCAGGAACGGCCCUCAUCUUUAAAGGAGAGGGACUGCGCAUGCUGGUCUCAGCAGAUCUAGACUGCACAAACACCAUGUACAUCCAGUUCUCAUUCAAGUUCAUAACGAAGGCGGCUCCUGACCCACGCUCCCAGCCGGUGCUCCUGCAGUUCUCCGUGGAUGGAGGUCUGAACUGGGCUCUCCUGCAGGAGUUCCUCUACAGCAACAGCAGUAACCAGGCUCACCUGGUGGCCCUGGAGAUCCCUCUCCGAGCGCGAACCUCAGCCACACGCCUGCGCUGGUGGCAGCCGUCUGAGAACGGACACUUCCACAGCCCCUGGGUUAUUGAUAAAGUAAAGAGCUGCUUCACCAAGACACGCGGGGUUUUGGAGUCUGAAUACUUCAAGUUGAUGAGUGGAGGAAAGCCUUCCAGAAAGUGUGGCAUCACCACCAGCGGGAACCACCUGUUCUUCAGUGAGGACGGUUUGCGAAUGCUGGAGACAUUAGAUCUGGAUUUGUCUAACGCUAGGUUUAUCCAGUUCUUCCUGAGGCUGGGCUGCGGUAAAGCGGCUCCUGACCCGCGCUCCCAGCCGGUGCUCCUGCAGUUCUCCGUGGAUGGAGGUCUGAACUGGGCUCUCCUGCAGGAGUUCCUCUACAGCAACAGCAGUAACCAGGCUCACCUGGUGGCCCUGGAGAUCCCUCUCCGAGCGCGAACCUCAGCCACACGCCUGCGCUGGUGGCAGCCGUCUGAGAACGGACACUUCCACAGCCCCUGGGUUAUUGAUAAAUUGGUUGUGGGCGGCAGUGCCAGCGGUUGGGGGCCGCUGGAGGACGACUUUUCCUCCACAAAUGGACGAUCUUGGCUGCUGCACCCCGGCGGCACGCGGAUGCCAGUGUGCGGCUCUGACGGUGAAGCUUUUGCCUUCAUCGAGAAGUCAAACACGCGUUAUGGCAUCACCACCGACAUCAGUCUGGGCCCAGAUGCCUUCAUCCAGUUUGAUUUCUCUGCCUCCUGCUCCGUCACCUCCUCCUGCUACAUGGUGGAGCUGGAGUACUCUUUGGAUCUAGGUCUCACAUGGCUGCCGCUGGUCAGGGACUGUUUACCCACAAGUCCACAUUGUUCUUCAUACACACUGCAGAGAUUACUGGUGUCAGAUACUUACAACAAGUGGGGCAGAGUUACCUUACCCAUACCACACUACGCCAGGUCCACGGCCACACGCUUCCGCUGGUUCCAGCCGGCGCCGUUUGAUAAGCAGCAGACGUGGGCUCUGGAUAACCUGUACAUCGGUGACGGCUGUCCCGAGAUGUGCUCCGGCCGCGGCCGCUGCAGACAGAGCUCCUGUGUAUGUGACCCUGAGUGGGGCGGUGAGUUCUGCGAUGAGCCGUUGGUCUCUCUGCCCGCUCAGCUGAAGGACAGUUUCAGUCGAGCUCCGGCGCUCAAUCACUGGCACCUGCUGACCGGCGGCAAGAUCAGCAGCGUCUGUGGAGCCGUGGCCUCAGGAUCAGCACUGCACUUCAGUGGGAGCUGCUCUCGUCAGCUGGUGACGGUGGAUUUGAAUCUGACCAGUGCUGAAUUCAUCCAGUUCUACUUCAUGUACGGCUGUAUGAUCGCACCCAGCAACCGUAAUCAGGGCGUUCUGCUGGAGUUCAGUGUGAAUGCGGGGAUCAGCUGGAAUCUGCUGACCGAGAUCUUCUAUGACCAGUACAGCAAGCCUGAGUUUGUGAAUGUUCUGCUGCCCGCUGCUGCGCAAGCCGUGGGUGUCCGGAUCCGCUGGUGGCAGCCGCAGCAUGACGGGGCCGAUCGGAGCGACUGGGCUCUGGAUAAUGUGCUGAUCUCCGGCUCAGAUGCUCACGCUCAGAUCUCAGACACGUUUGGAGGAGCGGCGCUGCCCAGCCAUGAGAGAGCGCCGGCUGACAGCACACACACACGACACAGCGGCUCAUCCAUCAUCCACGAGGAGACCAUCGUGAGCGAUCACUGGCUGUUUUCUGAAGAUUGCUCCGUGAAGCGUUUCUGCAGCUCUCCAGACGGUGUCAUGGUGUGUGGCAACACGGAUGGACAGGAAGUUUAUGCUGUUACACAUGACAUAAUUCCUGCCAAAGGCUGGGUCAUGCAGUUCAAGAUUGCAGUUGGCUGCAGUGUGCCGGAGAAGCCUGCAGAGAGACAGAUUCAUGUUCAGUACUCCGUGAACUUCGGUGUGACCUGGAAGUACCUGGUUCCUCAGUGUUUACCUGCAGAUCCUCGCUGUGCCGGACUGGUGUCGCAGCCGUCUGUGUUCUUCCCGGCCGACGGCUGGAAGCGAGCGGUUUAUCCUCUACCAGACGGUCUCGCAGACACAGCGGUGCGCUUCCGCUUCUAUCAGAGGCAUUCAGAUACCCAGUGGGCGGUGGAGAACUUCUAUAUCGGACCUGCUUGUGAAAACCACUGCGGAGGUCACGGAGACUGUCUCAGCACCCUCCUGGACAGCUUUGAUGACGAGGGCGUCUCUCAUGAAGAGAGUUGGAGCUUCUAUCCCAAUGCUGUCCGUACGGCCGGCUUCUGCGGAAACCCGUCGUUCCACUUGUAUUGGCCCAACAAGAACCAAGAUGGGUCGCACAACAUACUGGCCACCCGUGAACUCAUUGUUCAACCUGGAUACAUCUUACAGUUCAAGAUUGUGGUUGGCUGUGAGGCAGACCGAUGUGAUGACCGUCAUUCAGUGCUUGUACAGUACAGAAAGGAUGCCAGGUCAGACGUGUGGCAGUUAGUCCAGUCCGCCUGUCUCCCUUCUUCUGCCAACAACGUGGGCUGCUCACCCUUCCAGUUCCACGAGUCCACGAUCUACAGUCCUGUCAACAGUUCAGUGUGGACCAGAGUCACCAUUCAGCUGCCUGACCAUGUGUCGUCUGGUGCGACACAGUUUCGCUGGAUCCAGCACGAGGCCCCUGGCGAGCGCUACAGCUGGGCCGUGGAUCACGUGUACAUCGGGGAAGCGUGUCCUGGACUGUGCAGCGGUCACGGCUACUGUACCAGCGGACCCGUCUGCAUCUGUGACGAAGGCCAUCAGGGUGAUGACUGCUCUUUGUCCAGCAGUGAACUGCCCAGCUCUAUAAAGGAUAACUUUGAGUCUGGUUCGGUGUCUCAGGAGAGCUGGAGUUUGAUUCAGGGCGGCGGCGUGGGCAGCGGAUGCGGUCAGCUCUCUCCUCACGCUCACGGGGACUCGCUGUACUUCAACGGCUGCACGAUCAGACAAGCCAUCACUAGACCUCUGGAUCUGACCCGUGCUAGUAAGAUCAUGUUCGUGCUGCAGAUAGGCAGCGUGUCGCAAACAGACAGCUGUAACGCUGCACUGGAUCAGGCGGAUACGGUCGACCGGGCCGUGCUUCUCCAGUACAGCGUCAAUAACGGAGUUACUUGGCACGUCAUUGCUCAACACCAGCCAAAAGAUUUCAUCAAAGCCCAGAGAGUGUCCUACAACAUCCCACUUGAGGCUCGUGUGAGAGGGGUUCAGUUGCGAUGGUGGCAGCCGCGUCAUGAGGGCGCAGGGCAUGAUCAGUGGGCACUGGACCACGUGGAAGUCAUUCUCUCAGGGUUCUUUCACCCCCAGACCUUUGUGCAAGCCAGCAACAGCCCUGUCCUUGAGGCUCGUGUGAGAGGGGUUCAGUUGCGAUGGUGGCAGCCGCGUCAUGAGGGCGCAGGGCAUGAUCAGUGGGCACUGGACCACGUGGAAGUCAUUCUUGUCAGCACCCGUAAACAGAACUACAUGAUGAACUACUCCAGACAGACCGGUCUACACCACUACUACAGCAGGAAGAGGCGGGCCUUGCGGCAACAAACCUAAACGCUUCGAGAGAAAAACCUGCUGCUCACACGUUAUUCUGCUGGCUACAAUCCGCUUUCCCUGAUGAGAAAACACCACGUCAGGUCACUUCUGUCAGCAUCUGGCCAUACUCUCUCAUCUGAACGGUACAUUGGACCAUCUAGUCCCAUUUCUAGCCAAUCAAUGCCUUCCCAGAGCAGUGUGAUGGGAAAGACAAGCACCUAAAUGUGGCGUUUUUGUAUACUUAUCUAUGAACUAUUGGGUUUCCUACUUCUGUUUAUUAUAACCUUGUUUGAAUUCUCCUGAUGUGAACGACUACAAAGCUCUCCUGCUCUCACCUCACUUUCUACCACACUGUGAAGUUAUUCUGAUGGUUAUGAUGAUCAUUACUAGUGCUGAUAAAGUUCUGAAGAGGAGAACUGAAGAAGACUCGUGCUGAAGCAGUUUCUUGGAUGAAGAUAAUGACAAUGUGUUUUGCUGUUGUGUCUGUGGGUUCGUUUUGUGAUGCAUUGAUUGUGGUGUUCCAAUCAUUUGUUAGUUUUAUACUAACUUGUAUCUUUUGGGCUUGGAUCAUUUUUCCUUUGUGAAACAAGGCAAGUGGAGAAGUCAGCCUUGGAGAGGGAAAAAAAGAAUCAGAAAGAAUACUUUUAAAAAGAGAGACUAACGAUGUUUUGUUGUUGUUGAUAAAUCACUUUUUUAUAUAUCUUGGUUCCUUAAAAAUAUUUAUGGUGAAUGGUUCUCCACUAAACCUAUUUAAAAUACACUGUGGGUGAAAUCUGUGUUGUUUUUUUCAGUUUGUUUGUUUGUUUCAUUUCAGGUUUGUUUUGUUAGGUUUAAGUUAUUAGGUCAGGUUCUUGGUUGCGAUCGAUCAACACCCUUCUCUUCUCAUUCAGAGUCAUCCAGUUACAGUGCUGUUACACAUCUCAUGUCCCCUCUUUCUUUGAUGAGCUGUCAGUGUUGUUUAUGAUGUUACCUUCUCCCCUUCUUGGUGUAGCUCUCCAAUAUAGCAAGUUCUUGUAUAUAUAUAUUGUAUAUAAAUAUAUAUAUGCAGGGAUCCAUCAGCCUUAUAAAAGGGAAAUAAAGAACUGUCAAAA